AUGACAACCCUAGCAGCUGCAAACAAUCAAACAUUUUCGUAUAGUCCUGAAACUGUCCGAAUGCUCAUGAACCUUAACAUGGGUGUGGCUCUCUACAGCGUCAAAAUUGGGAUCGGCACAAUCCCAACAUCGUCUCCGCAAUUCAAAGUGUACAACCUUGUAGUGGACACUGCAAGCGAUCUCACUUGGCUGCAAUGCGAAGAAUGUGAGCAGCACCGCUGUUUCGCGGUGGUAGAUGAACCAUUUCCGAGUAGCAGAUCAACUUCUUAUCAGCAUCUACCUUGUAAUGCGCACCCGCUUUGUCAGGGCUUCUGUAUUGGAGACUUCUGUUCGUUUGAGAGAACCUACGCUGACCGUAGCUUUGUAGCUGGCUAUCUUUCAUCUGAAACUUUCAGUUUCGACAGCAGCACAGGCCCUGGUAGGGAGUCCAUUCAAGGUUUGGUUUUUGGUUGCGCCAUUGACAGCAACCAGGUAUCCUUCGCAGGCGAUACUAAUCAGAUAUCCGGCGUGCUAGGUCUUGGAUUUGGCCCCCGGACGUUUGUCAGCCAAUUAGACCCUCUAGGUCAAAGCAACGGGCGUUUCUCAUACUGCCUCAGAAGAGAAAGAAUUGUAGGGCCCAUCACCUCAUACCUAAAAUUUGGAGCAGACAUACAACAAAGACCUGACCUAAGCGUGACAGGAUUGAGGAGAUUCAACACAAUAGCAUACUACUACAUAAAUUUACUAGGUAUAAGUGUGAAUGGACACAUGCUUCCCAUACCACCGGAAGAGUUUGCUAUCCGAGACGAUGGGACUGGAGGAAGCAUGAUCGACUCAGGAUCUACAUUCACUCGAAUCUCAAGACAUGCACACGAUGUUUUGGUAAGUGCUUUGGAAGCUGUUUUUGCAGCUUCUGGUGAAGGCACUUUGCGAAGGCUCCCAGCUGGGGAGUAUGGACCUUUUGAGCUUUGCUAUGAGGUGCUGAGGCCAGAAGCGUUUUUGGGCUUCCCUAUAAUCACUUUUAAUCUCCAGAAUAAUGCUAACAUGCAUGUGGAUCAUGAGGCUGCUUUUCUUACUGGGACGGGUGCUUCUGGAAAUCUUAAGUUCUGCUUGGCUAUGCUUCCUGAAAGCAAUCCUAUUAUGCCGACCUCGAUUGGAGCAUUCCAACAGACAAACUACCGCUUCAUAUAUGACACCAAAGAGUUCAAACUGUACUUUGGUCCAGAGAAUUGCUUUGCAAGUUCUUAA